UAGGUGAUCGAUAGAUCUCAUCGGUGAAUACAUCGAUAAAGAAGAUAAAUUAGGAAAAGAAAUAGUCCGUUUAGGGGGAGAGAGAGAGUUUUAGUUAGAGGGAUAGUGGGUGGGUCGGUGCGGAAGGCGAUAUUUCGGGACGCGUAAGUAAACCCACCACGACGGAGUGCCCCAGGCAGCAGGGGCCACAAGCUCGUGUUUCGGGGAAGGACGUGGUUCCCCCCGCCAAGCGACGCUGGGUCCCCCCUUCUACUUUGCGCCAUCAAGAUGCAAACAGUACGCCGGAGAGUCGUAACGACAUCGUCUUCAGGAAGGUGCGCGGCAUCCUCAACAAGCUCACUCCCGAGAAAUUUCAGAAGCUGAGCGAUGACCUGUUGCGCAUCGAGCUGAGCUCGAGCGUUAUUUUAAAGGGUGUCAUUCUGUUGAUUUUCGACAAGGCCCUCGACGAGCCCAAGUACUCGUCUAUGUACGCACAGUUGUGCAAGAGGCUGUCUGAGGAAGCACCUAAUUUCGAACCGGCUAACAGACCGUGCACCUUCCGUGUCUUACUGCUUAACAAGUGUAAGGCCGAAUUUGAGAAUCGAGCCGCCACUCUUGACCAGUACGGACAUGGCGAUAACACUCUCGAAGAGGAAGAACGUCGGCAACUCGCCAAACGGAAAAUGCUUGGUAACAUCAAGUUUAUCGGAGAACUUGGCAAACUGGAAAUACUUGCGGAAGGGAUUCUUCACAGGUGUAUACAAGAACUUCUUAUUACAAGAAAAGGUGACGACCCAUCGGAAGACUUGGAAUGCCUCUGUCAAAUAUUACGCACUUGCGGCCGAAUCUUGGACACAAACAAGGGCAAAGGGCUGAUGGACCAGUACUUUGAACGGAUGGCGCUUCUCGCCGAGAACCAGGAACUCGCACCGAGGAUUCGUUUCAUGCUGAAAGACGUGAUCGAUCUGCGGCAAAACGAGUGGGUGCCGCGCAAAGCGACUAUCGUCGAGGGCCCGAUGCCGAUACACCAGAUUCGGCCGACAGAGGACGACCGAGUCGGCUUCCGUAGGGACCGCAACCAAGAUUACCGCUCCGAUAUUGACCGUUCCGGUGGACACGACAUCUUCUGGAACCCGAUGAAGCUGCGUAGCGGCAUCGACGAGAUGCUGAUGAAUAUCAGCACGUCCGGAACCAAUCUUAUCCCAUCCUUCGGAUCGAACGGAUUCGGCGGACAGAGGGACUCUGGUGGUUAUAGAAGCCACAAUAAUCAACGAAGCGGCUACAAUAACUAUAAUAAUCAACGCGGUCAAUACAAACAUAACCAGAACAAUACCAACUCACAAUACAAUAAUCAAUCUAGUAAGGAUAUAGCACCAAGAUUUAAGAAAAACUUUAUAAUGACCCACAACUUUGGAGAGUUAGAACUUCGUCCAGCAUCUUACUCACUCUCCAAUAAACCAAUAAAAAAUUCGAAUAAUGUCAUAAAUAACACACGUCCCAUCGAUCCUUUACCACAAAGUACACCAAAACAAGCGCCUGCACCUCUUUUAAAAGAGGUCCCAAUCAAACAAGUAUCUACUGAAAAACCUAAACAGGCUAAAAAAGAUAAGGUAAUAAUUUUCUUUUCAUUAAGGCCCAC